AUGCUGUGUCGCCGUGCAGAGGUGGACCUCAACAUCUGUGGGGACAUGACAGUCUGCCCUGGGCUCUGUGUCCACACCUACUGCAUGGUCCUGGCCAGCGGACUGCUCCUGCCGCGAAACAGGAGCAACUUUCGGCUUGGGGACGUCAGGCGUGUGAUCCGGGAGGCAGUCAAGAAGUGCUGCUUCGUCUGCGGCAAGACAGGGGCUGCCAUCACCUGCUGGGACACAGGCUGCAGCCGCAGCUUCCACCUGCCCUGUGCCACACAGGGGCAAUGUGUCACCCAGUUCUUUGGGCUCUACAGGUCCUUCUGCCCGGAGCAUCGCCCGCAGCAGGCAGCACAGCCGUGGCACAAGGGGCACAACACCUGCAGCAUCUGCCUGAAUGCUGUGGAGCUCCAGACGUCCUAUGGCACCAUGGCAUGCCCUGUGUGCCAGGACGCUCGCUUCCACCGGCUCUGCAUCCAGAGACUGGCGCUCCAGGCUGGCAUCGCCUUCCGCUGCCCGCACUGCCGCAACCAAGAGCCUUUCAUGACUGAAAUGCUCACCAUGGGCAUCCAAGUCUUGAAGAGACCUCAAGCAUGGCAGAGCAAUGAAGUCAGACAGCCAGAUCCCAAGUACAUCACCUGCGACGCCAGCAAGUGCCUUUGCCCGCAACGCAGGCAGCACACCGAGGAACAGGGCCACAGCACUGCCGGCCAGGCAGUGUCGGGUCUGGCCCAAGGCACUCUGCCUGCACACAGCAGCAGCAGCUCCGGCCAGCUCAGGCCAGGCGUGAAGAGACCCUAUGCAGACAUAGUGGGAAUGUACCCAAAAGCAGACAACCCACCGACAAAACGCCACAAGGCCAACGAUGUGCUGGCCCCAGAUGCCAGCACCACCAGCCCCAGCACUGCCAGCCAGGCACUGCCGGGUCUGGCCCAGGGCUUCCUGAUGCCUGCAGGCACCACCCUGUCCCGGCACCCUAGGACACCCCGGAUCGGACACCGCGCAUGGAGGCUCCAGCGGGCACAGGAGCAACACAAAGCGGAGCUUAAAAGGCGCAGGAUGAAGCGCGUGUGA